AUGGGAGAAACAAUUGAUUCAAUAUCAUCUUCAACCCAUGGAAGUGGAAUUGACGGAGAUCCAAAUCCAUCUUUUAAUAGAUUACCUAGUGAAUCUUCAUUAGGUCCUACUGAGGAAGAAGAGGAAGAGUUAAGUAAUAUACAACUGGGUCCAAAAUGCAGUAUUAGGCAACACCUUGAGAAAGAUAAGGAUGACGAGAGUUUAAGAAAAUGGAAGGAGCAACUCCUUGGACAAGUUGAUUUCAACUCAGGAGAAGAAACUUUGGAACCAGAAGUGAAGAUAUUGAGUUUGACAAUAAUAUCUCCUGGUCGAGAGGAUAUUGUUCUUCCAUUACCAGAGUCAGGGGACCCAAAAGGCUUAUGGUUCACCUUGAAGGAAGGUAGCCCUUAUAAUCUUCGCUUUUGCUUUCAAGUUACCAACAACAUUGUCUCUGGCCUUAGGUACACCAACACAGUAUGGAAAACUGGUCUCAAAGUUGACAGUACCAAAGAAAUGAUUGGAACAUUUAGCCCUCAAUUAGAACCUUAUACACAUGAGAUGCCAGAGGAAACUACGCCUUCGGGUUUUUUUGCAAGAGGCUCAUACAGUGCUAAGUCUAAGUUUCUUGAUGAUGACAACAAAUGUUACUUGGAGAUCAAAUACACGUUUGAUAUUCAGAAAGAAUGGCCAUCCGACUAAUUAAAGUGUUUUUUUUUUCUUUUUUUUUUUUUGUCAUUUUAAUCUUGUUUGCAGCAACAAUGCAUUAAGUAAGUUAAACUAGAGUAAGUGUUACUAAAAAAUUCAAGAGAAAAAAAAUUGAAGAACUAAUAUAUGUGAGAUAUGUAGGUGCACCUUUCUAACUAAUAAAUGUUUGGUAUUCACAACAAUGUACCGAUUAUUAUGUAAUGCUUGUAUUUUACAGUUUUGAUAUCUUUGUAUUUUACUUUUACAUUCUUGAUAUAACAAUUUUGA